AUGGAUCUUGAAACGCCCUUGAACUCACAUGUUACUUUUAAAAUGUCAUCAAACUCUGAUGCUGUCAACCUACCUGAUACACGAAAAAACCGAGGGUAUCUUAGAGAGACCAACGCUUUGCAGGAGGACGGAACCACGAGUUCUCUAAACGAGUCAUCCAACGUCAGUUCAGUUCCCUUCACACAGCCUCAAGUGUCCCAUUCUAUGAGUGGCUCCUUUGGGUAUGGAUCAACUCCACAGAAGAAGCCGCCAUUAGCACAACAAGCUCUUACUAUGUCUUUCCACAAUUCUUCGCAUGCUUCAGUAACUCAGGGAGCUGAUAGGAUUCCUCUCCCCCCUUCAGCGGAACGUUUCCGUGAGCUGGUCAGCCGUGGACCCCAGGCAGUUCCAAUAUCGACCAAGAGCCCCAUAGCUUGUACACCUCAUCAAGCUUCAACGCUAAGUGACCUCGAAGCGGGGGUGCUGGACGUAAUGAAAAGAGAAAGAAAAUCUUUUCAAACUCUUCAUUUGGCCCGGCAAUUUGGUCUGCACAGAAAGAAGGAGAUCAACCCAACUCUUUACAAACUGCAGUCAUUGGGCUUGAUAUACAAGAUGCACGAACAUCCACCAACGUGGAAGGUGCGUCAAGAAGUGAGUUCUCUGACAUUCAAAGGUUUAAAGCCGGUUGAAGUCAGCUCUUCUGCACCUGCCCAGAAAAGAGCAUUUCCCACUGCCGAUGAGCAAGGACAUGAGCAGUUAGGAGCUAAGAAACACUUUCAGCCAGCGGAUACUUCUCCGACUCCUUCCGGGAGUGGGGUGGGUGUAUUGGGCCUUCCCAGCGAGGAACGCUCUCGCCCAGCUUUAAGAGUAACCCAGUGGCACAACCUGCAUCUUCUCUUGGAUCAGGAAAAAAUCCUCCAGACGUUCUCUCCAAUGUCGCUUAUUCCGCCAUCAACAAAAAUCCCGUUAGUGCUCUCAACGAGUACGUGCAAAAGAAUAGAAUGGAGCUGA